AUGACCAUGUCUGGAUUCAACUGGCCGUCGAGGUCGACAAUUACCAUGGUUGCGGGGGAUCCAGGUGACUCCACGUCUACAAGCGUCUUGUCUACCUACCAGACUUCUUCGGAUACUACCUUGAUGACCGUUUCCUAUACCGACACGGUGUCUUCUACCCCGUCUGUCGUCAUAUCUAGUGGGUCCUCGACCGUGUCUUCUACUUCGGCUGUCGUCAUAUCUAGUAGACCCUCGACCGUAUCUCCAAUCAUCUCGACAUCAUCACCCAUAUCGCGAAAUCCAGGUCCAGGAAAUACCAGCAUUUCAACGCCCUCAGUCAGAAGACCCGAGGUAGCAUCCGUGUCUAGUAAUAGUAGCGCACGCCUAGGAGCCGGCGCGAUCGCAGGCAUAGCCGUCGGCGGCAUACUACUCCUUGUUCUCAUCGUAUGCGCUUGGUUCUUCUGGCGGCUUAGAAAGCGCCUCACUCCCGCCGUCAAUUCAGAUGAAGACCUUGGACGCAGAGACGAGAAAGUGACUUUCGGGGCGAGUGCCCCUACAGAUUUCACCGGCGUGUUCAACGAUACAGCGUUUCAAGGACUACCUGUUACUGGCCAGCGCCAUGAAUUAGAACCUCCUCGCUAUCAUAAAUCGGAUCUGGUCCAUGAGCUCGACGGGUCCUCGCGGCCGGGCGAGUUACCGUCUAAAGACGCAUCAUCGCAUACGGUUGAGUGUCUCAAAGUGGCUGAUGCUGGAAAUAUAGAAACAACCGACGACGUGGCAUUUGAUGGGGAAGCGCAAAGGAGGAGAGAGGUGGAGUGGUUGGAAAAGGAGGAAGCGAGGAUAAGACAUAAACGGGAGACGCUUUUGCAGCAGCGCGUUCAACGAUUGGUUUGA